AUGCCGGGCAAAACACCUUCACGCAGCGGGAAGGAUCCCCUCGAGAACGGGGUUCGUAAGAACAACAAGGAUGCCGACUCAAAGAGCAAGGGCAAGAAGGGAGCAAAGGACGGCGACGAAGAGAUGACCGUUGUUGUUCCUCCGUCCAAGAAGGCGGCUGCUCCCCCGGCGGAUACUGACGGGGACGUUGCGAUGGGUGAUGAGGCUGGAGCAGAUGACGCAGAGGUCAAGAUUGACCCCGUGGUGCAGGCUGUAGCAGACAUCAAGAGCAAUUUCGCACUGCUGGACCGCGCAGUCGCGCUCUUCGAUGCCAGAUUCUCCCUCCGAGCCCUGCGGUCGAUUUCCACCAUCCGCAAGCGCCUGACACCCGAUAUCAUCGCCCAGGCCAUUGCCGAGAGCUUCCCCGCGACCGUUGCCUCCGGAAAUGUUGCUAAGCAGCUUCUGAUCGCCAUCGGUCGCGAGAACGUACCCCUCGGCCGCUCCAGCGGUCCGGAGAUGGAGGUAGACAGCGAGCCUGCGAAGACGAAGAACGGCCAGAAGAAGGACGUGAAGGAGAUCAUUCCCGAGGUUGACAUCUUCCUCGGCAUUCUGAUUCAGGUCCACCUCUACGACACCAAACAGUUCCAACACGGAGCCGAGUUCUCUAAGCAGCUCACUGACCGUAUCCACACGCUUAACCGCCGCACAUUAGACUCCCUUUCCGCCAAGGUCUACUUCUACUACUCAAUGUUCUGCGAAAGCCUCGCCCCUCAGCCUCCUUCUCCCCAGUCUCCGGUCGUCGCUAUUCGACCCACUCUUCUGGCUGCUCUGCGGACCGCCGUUCUCCGCAAGGAUAUCGACACGCAAGCCUCGGUCAUUGUGCUUUUGCUUCGCAGCUAUCUGUUGACGUCUCACAUUGCGCAGGCCGACUUGCUCGUAUCCCAUACCCAGUUCCCCGAGAACGCAGCCAACAACCAGGUCGCACGCUUCCUAUACUACCUUGGACGCAUCCGCGCCAUUCAACUGAGAUACACGGAGGCACACGAGCACCUCACGGCUGCGACAAGAAAGGCCCCCUCAAGCGCCUGCGCGGUGGGCUUCUCACAGACGGCGACCAAGCUUCUGUUAGUGGUUGAAUUGUUGAUGGGCGAUAUCCCUGAGAGAUCUACCUUCCGCCAGCCCACUUUGGAGCUCUCCCUGCACCCGUACUUCCUCCUUGUCCAGGCCGUCCGGGUUGGCAAGGUCCAGAACUUCGAGACCAUCAUUGCGGAUCACGCCGACACCUUCCGCCGAGACGGCACCUACAGCCUGAUUCUCCGCCUGCGCCAGAACGUCAUCAAGACCGGCAUUCGCAUGAUGUCUCUGUCAUACUCUCGCAUUUCCCUGCGCGACAUCUGCAUCCGCCUCGACCUUGGUAGCGAAGAGUCAGCCGAGUACAUUGUCGCCAAGGCCAUCCGCGAUGGUGUUAUUGAAGCUACCCUGGACCGCGAGCAUGGAUACAUGAAGAGCAAGGAGGUCGGCGAUGUUUACGCUACGCGGGAGCCCGGUGAAGCCUUCCACGACAGAAUUCGCGCAUGCUUGGCUCUCCACGAUGAGAGCGUCAAGGCCAUGCGAUUCCCCAUGAACCAGCACCGCUUGGAGUUGAAGAAUGCCCAGGAGGCCCGCGAACGCGAGCGUGAGAUGGCCAAGGAGAUACAGGAGGGAGACCUGGAUGAGGACGACCUUGGCGGCGACUUCGAUGGCAUGUAA